AGUGUCAUUUUUAUUUCCCAUUUGGUGAUGAUGUAGAGUUGCAGUCCGAGUGUCACUCAUGAGUGUGAUGGAAACUCAUAUCUGAAUGGAAUCUGUUACCAGUUCAACAGCAGUCUGGAUUUCACCACCAGUUUCACCCCCGCUUUCCAAGAAUGCAAUAAGAGUAAAGUCAACCUGGUUUUCCUUUUCGACGGUUCUCAAAGCAUGCAGGAAUCUGACUUCAAUAAGAACAAACACUUCAUAUGGGACAUUAUGACAAAUCUCAAAAACUCAUCUAUCGAGUUUGCUGCUGUUCAGUUUUCUUUCAGCUUCAAGACAGUUUUCACCUUUAAAGAUUAUGUUAACAAUGAGGCAAAGAAGAAACUUGAUGAAGAAAAACAUAUGAAGUCACUCACAAACACACACAGUGCCAUCAGAUACGUCCUUAAAGAACUGUUUGAUAACUCGGAGUCUGGUGCAGAUCCUGAGGCUACUAAAGCCCUGGUCAUCAUCACAGACGGAAGUCCUACUGAUAUCUCAAAUGGUGAGAUACAGCGCUGUGAGUCACGCGGCAUCACUCGCUUUGUUAUCGGGGUGGGAGCUGUAAGUCUUGAGAAUCUGAAAAGUCUUGGCUCAAAGCCGAAUGACAACUAUAUCUUCAUGAUUAAAGACUAUGAUGGACUAAAAGGACUUUUGGAUAAAUUGCAAAAUAAGAUCUACGCCAUCGAGGGAGCCAAGGGCAGGAAAUUUAAUAAAGAGCUGUCUCAGAGUGGAUUCAGUGCUGCCAGUGAUAAGGACAGUCUCAUUCUGGGAGCAGUUGGAGGUAAUGAUUGGAGUGGAGCACUGUAUGAGGUGCAAGGAACCAGGAACGAUGAAAAGGAAUUCAAAGGUUUCCAGUUCAAUCCGGAUUCAUACAACGGUUACGCUGUGGUGGUUGGACAGAGAGACAGCGUUUCUCUUGUGUUCUCUGGAGCACCAAGAUCUAAUCACAGGGGUCAGGUGACUCUGUUUAAAAAGAUGUCUAAUGAGUGGGUGGCUUUGAGGAACAUUUCUGGUGAACAAAUCGGCUCUUAUUUCGGAGGAUCGUUGUGUUUGUUAGACCUGGAUUCAGACAACAACACUGACUUCCUUGUGGUUGGAGCCCCACUGUAUUAUAAUCAUCAUCCACAGUUAGAGGGACGGGUUUACAUCUACAAUCUCACACAGAAGCUCGAUAUGGAGAAGGUGUUGGAGGUGUUUGGAUCACCUCAGGGUCGGUUUGGGAUGACUCUAGCUGCUUUAGCAGAUCUGAAUGGAGACCAGAAGCAGGAUUUAGCUGUUGGAGCUCCACUGGAAGAUAAUCACAGAGGAGCCAUUUACAUUUAUCUCGGCGACCCUGAACAUGGCAUCCGCAGGCAGUACAGCCAGAAAAUUGUGGCAAGCUCUCUCUCUAUGAAGCUUCGACAUUUCGGUCUGGCGAUUGACGGUGUGAUGGACAUGGGACAGGACGGUCUGACGGACAUUGCUGUUGGAGCAAAAGGAACCGUUUUACUCUUGAAAUCUCGGCCGGUUGUGUCCGUCUCAGCGAAGUUCAGUUUCUCUCCAUCUGAAAUAAACCUCACUCACUUCGACUGCCUCAACAACCUGGAAAAUCCCACUGACAAAAAUAAAGUCAUCACCCUGAACACCUGCUUUAUUAUGACUGAGAACACCAACAGCAAAGGGGCAGUGAGUAAUCUGAACAUAUCAUGGGUGCUCAUUGCUGAUGCUGUGAGACAGGACAGUCGGGCAUUUUUCAAUAAGGAAGAUAAGACGUCCAGGAAUCUAACAAAGUCCAUGAUGCUGGGCUUGAACAUGUCCUGUUCCAGUGACGAGGUCUAUAUGCAAAGGUGUGUAAAGGACACGAUGUCUCCUGUAUUGUUCAGACUCAACUUCAAACAGUCUGAUCCUCAGAAGUCCACUUCCAUCCUGAACAUUGACAGCAAGACCACAGCUUUUGUAGAGGUUCCCUUUCAGAUAAACUGCAACAACAAAAGUUGUGUAUCAGACUUACUGAUGGACUUUAACUUCCUGGACAGCACAUUGCUGGUGGUGGACCAAGCAUCUUUUAUCAUCCGUGUGACUUUAACGAAUAAAGGAGAUGACUCCUUCAACACCAGUUUGGUUCUGCUCUACCCUCCUGGAUUAUCUCUCUCAAUGUUCAAGACCAUUAAGCCACACAGAAGGGUUCUGAGCAGUUGUGGAGAUCGUGAUGAAGGAGCUCUAAAUAAAACCACCUGCAGUAUCAGUUUACCGGUGUAUCCCAGAAACAUGAAUGCCGAGUUUGAGGGUAUAUUCCGCAUCUCUCGCUUUUACAACUGGAAAGAGAGCAUGCAGAUGACACUUGUGAUCAGCAGCGAUAACAAUGGAAAUACAAGUAAGUCCACAGUGAUGAAAACUCUGCCUGUUCAGUUCAGUGUAAACGUGGCCAUCAGCAUGCGGCUUGGUCGGGUGAAGGUGGCUUAUGGAUAAGCCGUUCCAGUGGACCUUGUGACUGCCGGCCAAUCAUGAGCUCUGCUGGUGUUUUGGCGGUGGUCUCUUGAUGGGCCGUAUUAAGGGCGAAGUGGAACUCAGGUAACUCUGGUCCCAGUUUUGGUGGUAUAUUCCAACAUAGGAGACAAUCAUUGUUUUUAAUGCCUUACAGUGUUCUGAGAGGACACAGGAGGUGAAUUGAGGGCCUCGAUCUGAUACCAGAUAUUUGGGAACCCCCCAACGGGUAAAUAUUUCUUUCCUUAGGAUUUUGGUUAAUUUCUGGGUUUUAUCAUCUCUAAGGGGAAACAUCUCUACCCACUUAGUGAAAUACUCCAUUAUUACCAGGAGGUAGGUGUUCUGUUUCUUGCUCCCUGGGUAGGGCCCCAUUAAAUCCAUCCCCAGCAUGUGGCCUGGUUCUUGGGCCUUGGUGCUUUGCAGAAAGCCGCUGGGUUUUGAGUUUUCUGGCUUGUAUUUCUGACACAUCUCACAGAACUUGACGUACUGCCAGAUGUCUUUCCAGACAGAAGGCCACCAAGCUACCUCCAACAGCCUUAGCAGAGUUUUCAGCCUACGCAGGUGUCCUCCUAGAGGGUUGUCGUGGAAGUAAUGUAGGAAACCUGGUACUAAUGAUUGAGGGACCACUAACUGGAACUUCUCCCCCUGGUUCUUCAAAGGAAUCUGGCAGUAUAACACCCCCUUUCUGUCUUUGCUAUCUGCUUGCAGAUGUGUGAUGUUACUGUCCCUGCUUUGUGCUGUAGCUAUUUCGUCCAGGGUGUGAGGGAUGUCGGAUGUAUACUUGGGAGGUGACACAACUAGACAGGGUACCUCUUUAGCCUUUUCAGGUAGGUAAGCUCUGGACAAUGCAUCAGGCCCUAGGUUAAGACAGCCCUUCCUGUGGUGUACCUGGAAGCAGAAUUAUUGUAGGUGGAGCGUCCAGCGGGUCAGUCAUGAGGAUGUUUUGGGGCAAUUGAAGGCCCAAGACAGAGCUGCAUGAACUGUAAAAAUGUUGAACUGCCUUACUUCCAGGUGAUUCCAGACUUCCAUUUUUCCACGGCAUUUUUACCGUUACCGGUACCAGAAAAAUGGGGUUGAGUGAUGGAGACACCUGCCAGGUUUUUGGAGGAAGAGCAAUCAGUCGGGCUGUUGCUGCUUCUUUCCUUCCCAUUCUGCCCCACUUUCUGCCAGUAGUCUUUUGCCCCAAGGCAAUCCUUCUCAACCAUGGACCCAACCUUCACCAGCUGUUCUUGCCCCAAGGCAAUCCUUCUCCACCAUGGACCCAACCUUCACCAGCUGUUCCAGGGUGGUCACUGUUCCCCUCAGGCAGCCAGCAACUCUUGGGUUGUUAAGUAUCUAACUCAUCCUCUGUGAUGUCUAGCUUCCACUUGAGGCAGAGGGCUCUGUAGUCAUAAGCAAAGUCUCUCAGGCAUUGUCGGGGUUGCUGUACCAGUGACCGGAGUUUGUCUUCCACCUCCGUGAGGUAGUCAUCUGGUAGGAAUGCCACCAUAAAAGCCUCUUUGAAAUACUGCCAGUCCGUGAUUUUAUUUUUCAGCCUUCCACCGGCUAAAAUCAGAUCCUCUCAAUACAGUGCUCAGAGUACCAAUUAGUUCCACACUGGGGAGUGGUCUGAUGUCCAGGUAGUUUUCACAUUGCUCGAUAACGUUUAGGACAUCAGCCAUUUCACAGGCAUCCCCAAAUUUGUGGGAAUCUCCAGGCAGAUGGGAGGACGAGCACAGAAGGAUGAUAUAUUGGCUGCUGCCGGAGGGGUAAGCUCACUAGAGGGUUGCGUGGCAGUAGGAGUAAUAACGCUGUAGGUGGUAUUGGUAGGCUUGGGUGGAGGCACUUUAGCUCUGGUCGCUGGCACCGGUGUCAUGGGAAGGUGCAUGGGUGUAACGGGAGAACUAGCUGGAGUCUAGGCCUGUAGUCUGGUGAGGGAGGGUCCCUCCUUAGAAAACAGUCCGUCACCGCUCUUUCCAGCUUCUCCAGGGACAUCUGGAAACCCUCCUGCAACUCUGCUAAGCCAGCAUCCACUGCCUCCCUAAAACUGGUUUCCCAAUUCAGGAGACUAUCAACAGACUGCUUGAAAUCGUGAUUCACAGAUUGUACUUUGAGCUAAGGGCCAAUAAAUCCACCUUAAGCUGCGCAA